GACACUCUCGUAACACUCAGCGCUAGUGCAGGCUCAAUGUUCCGACCGGACAGUACUGGAGCUAGAAGUUAGCGGCACCCUUUCGUUAUCUUGGACGUUAAUCUCAUGGAAGCCGCCGUUCUGCAACCCGCCAUGAUGCCGGAGUUGGACUGCAACAGCAACACCCAGAACGCCGAGCUGGAGGUGAAGAAGCUUCAGCAACUGGUCUUAAAGCUGGAGAGACAGAACCAGCAGCUGCGGAACCGAGCGAACGACCUCCCCGGCCCGCUGCCGUCCCUGCUCGGCCGUGUGUCUCCGCAGCUCCUCGGAGAAGACCUGCUGUAUUUCCAGCCGAGUGAAGAUGGAGCCGCGGGGGAGGACGGGUACGAGACGUCGGUGUUGGACGACUUGGAGCUUCUCGACUUGGACAGCACGUCAGAGGAGUCUGAUGAAACCUGGUUGUAUGUGCCAUCCAAGCUUGGGGAGGCCCCAAAUGACAUCACGCCACUGCAGUGGUGCCGGCAGGUUCUAGACUCUCCCAAAUCUGAAGUGCAAGCUGUGAGACACUCUCUGUCCGUCCGCCUUGAGCAAGUCUCCAGGUGGCGUAACUCACUGUCUAAUCCCUCCUCUUCACCUGGUCCUUCUCUGAGACGACUGAGUGGGGUGUCUCCUGUUAGUGUUUCCCCGUCAACCAAAACCUGUUCCACACCACAGUCAGCAGGAAGACGUACUCCAUGCUUCUCCUCUCCACUCCUCACCAAUUUGCCUCAAACUCUGAGUCCUGUUGGAAAGGAUGCAUCCCUCGUUGCUGAGAGGAUACCAACCUUCUUCCCCCACCCCUCACGCAGACGUAGUCUGCGGUACUCACUCUUCAGUCCGGAGUCAUCCGUGGACAGUGACCUCGGCUCCUCUGAAGUGGAGGAUGAUUCCAUCGACCUCGGCUACAAACUGCAGGACCUGACGGAUGUGCAAGUGAUGGCCCGACUGCAGGAGGAGAAUCUCAGAGCUCAUCGCUACUUCAGCUUCAUUAACCCUCCAAGGUGUGUGCGUGCGUGUGUGUGUGCACGCGUGUGUUGGUGCUCAUAUCUGGCUCCCCCAGGUCUAAGACAGGAUUACGCCAGCACAUCCUCCCUUCGGUCAAAGCCGCAGAGCUACUCCUUCCAGCACAGUGCAGGCCUCGACCUGGAGGAGGAAGACGAGGAGGACGACGAAGAUUACGCCUUCCUUCCUCCGCCACAGCCGCGCCUCACCCGUCUGCCGCACUCCCACACUUUCUCCAGCAUUCGAGACUGGCAAAAAAGCACCAGUCUUCUUUCCAGUCCUCCUACCAGUCCCUCCACCCAGCCUUACCCCUUCGGCGGGUUCAGCUUUCAAACACGGUUCCAAAGUCGGCCACAGGGACUGAGCAGCAAUGGAGAGCAGCACGGUUUCAGACCCGGGUCAGAUAAGUUGGGUAGGAGCAUGCCCAACCUCUUCAGAGACCCCAGUGCGUCCACUCUGCCCCUUCUCACCUCUCCCAGUUCUUCACCGUCUUUGCUCCAUAACAGCCAGAGCUUUGAUUCGUCCAGCAUCUUCGCUCGCCUUCAACCUUCCAACCAGCUGCAGCACAGAGUCCAAAGCCUGGGAAGCUUCACCUCAUUGUCUCGGAAACCUUGUAAAGCCACCGCCUACGUCAGUCCCACCAUCAAGGGCUCAGGCUCCACGUCCACAAGCCUCCAAUCGCUGAGCAGCAGUGGGAGCGUUAGCGGGAUCCCCACGCUGAGCAAAUCUCUGGGAGGCGAUGGUGCCACCACCCGCUACAGCCUGCCUCGUCCUGCCUCCAUCAUCAGUACCUCGACUCCUUGCAGCAAGUUGACCCAUCCAACAAGAAGUCUAUUAAUCCCACCUAAGAGCUUGUCAUCCCUUGGUGUGCUUCCGGACAACUCCUGGAGGGAGGGCUGCUAUUAAUCAACAGAUAAGAUGCGCCCCCUGCAGGCUGGGGGGGGACCUGCAUUGCCGCAGAGAAUAUAUUUGAGCGAUUAAUUCUUCAAUGAUCCCAUGAAGGCAGGCUUCCCCAUAAAUGUGACUCUAUGCAGUGUUUCUUCAGAAAGCGGGUUAUUUGUUUUUAUCAAAUUUAUUUUUUGUGAGCAUUUGCUCCCAGCGUGUUAGUCAGCUACACACCAAACGCUUGUGGCGUGAGCGGGCGAAAUGACCUGCAGCUUCUGUGCAAUAAAAUGCUGGCUAGUUGGGUCUCUGGUACACUAAUCGCCGUCUUUAUUUUAAGAAUGUUUUUGUGUAUUUAUAUAUUUUAACUGAAACAUUUGACUAACAUGUUUACUGAUAUAGUUUUCUGUGUAUGAAGUUAAUUUAUUCACUCUAUAUAACAGUAUUUAUAUAAUUGCAAUGAUGUUUAAAUGUGAAUCUUGACCAAAAUCUCUGAAUUUUUAUUAUUUCCUCACUACGGAGACACAGGUGAAUCCCACAAUGUUUGUUUUUUUUUCACCCUCCUAAUUCACAAACUUUAUGUUGGGGAUAUGUGAUGUCACAUUUGCACAUAAACAAGACACACUUUUUUAUAUAAGUGUUUUCCUGACUGUUCUUUUGACACGUUUCACAAUCGCUGCCACUUUGUAAAUGUGAUCAACUAAAUGGUCUGAAUAUUUUAAUAAAGUUGUCCUGAAUAA